UUCUCGCGAUACUCCUCGAGGUUUCCGGUGUUGUGAAUGUCCCUGCAAACAUGGCGGUCAGCAUCCGCGGCCGUCCGAUCCGGAGCCUUAGGAUGCGAGGGAGGAAUGACAGCGGGGAGGAAAACGUACCGCUCGAUCUCACCAGAGACCCCUCUGACAAUUUGCGGGAAAUUCUUCAAAAUGUUGUGAAACCACACGGAGUUUCCAAUAUGCGAAAGCUGGGCCAUCUGAACAACUUCAUCAAGCUUCUUUGUAAUGUUGGCCACUGUGAAGAGAAAUUAGGUUUUACUUAUGAAGAAAUAAUAAUAUGUCUGCGAUUAGCAUUAUUAAAUGAAGCAAAAGAGGUGCGAGCAGCAGGUCUUCGAACUCUCCGAUAUCUCAUCCGAGAUACCACUAUUCUACAGAAGGUGCUUGGACUGCAAGUAGAUUACUUGAUAGCAAGGUGUAUAGACAUACAACAGAGCAAUGAAGUAGAGCGAACACAAGCACUUCGAUUAGUCAGAAAGAUGAUCACUGUGAAUGCUUCGCUAUUCCCUAGCUCUAUAACAAACUCCUUGAUAGCAGUAGGAAACGAUGGUUUGCAGGAGAGGGAUCGGAUGGUACGGGCAUGUAUUGCCAUUAUCUGUGAACUAGCACUUCAGAAUCCAGAGAUUGUUGCUCUGAGAGGUGGGCUAAGUACCAUUUUGAAAAACGUCAUUGACUGCCAGUUGGGUCGCAUAAACGAGGCUCUCAUCACAACGAUCCUGCACCUUCUCAAUCAUCCAAAAACACGACAAUAUGUGCGCUCUGAUGUAGAACUGGAGCAAAUUUUAGCACCUUACACAGAUUUCCACUACAGACACAACCCAGACACAGCUGAAGGGCAACUUAAAGAAGACAGAGAAGCACGGUUUCUCGCUAGUAAAAUGGCAAUAGUGGCAGCAUUCCGAUCUUGGUCAGGAAUCAUUAACCUGUGCAGGCCAGGCAACUCGGGGGUCCAGUCUUUGAUAGGUUUGCUCUGUAUACCAAAUAUGGAAGUGAGGCGAGAGUUGUUAGAAGUGAUGUACGAUAUUUUCCGGCUCCCUGUCCCUGUUGUGACGCAAGAUUUUAUUGAAGCUCUUCUUAGUGUAGAUCCCAGUAGAUUUCAAGAUAGCUGGAGGCUUUCAGAUGGUUUUGUGGCAGCCGAGGCAAAAUUCCUACUUCCACACCGAGCCAGGUCUAGACCAGACUUGAUGGACAACUAUCUGGCAUUGGUGCUUUCUGCUUUCAUUAGCAGUGGACUUCUAGAGGGUUUAGUUGAAGUGAUAACAAGCAGUGAUGAUCAUGUGUCUGUCAGAACAACAGUCCUUCUUGGAGAGCUUUUGCACAUGGCCAAUACAAUCCUUCCUCACUCACACAGCCACCAUUUGCACUGCCUGCCAACUCUCAUGAAUAUGGCAUCCUCUUUUGAUAUCUCACAGGAGAAAAGAAUACGAGCCAGUGCUGCAGUAAACUACCUAAAACUCUUCCAUGAAAAGAAGAAGCAGGGUCCCAAGCCACACAGUCUCUACUUGGACCACAUUGUGCACAAGUCGGUGGCAGCACACUACAAAAGAGACCAACAUUUGCGGGGACAGAAAGAUGUCUUUGUUCUAAAGGAUACUGAAGAAGCACUUAUGAUGAUUCUAAGAGACAGUCACAUCCUCAACCACAAACAGAACCUGGACUGGAAUUGGGUUCUCAUUGGGACUAUUUUAAAGUGGCCAAAUGUUAACCUUCGAAAUAACAAAGAUGAUCACAUGCACAAGUUUGUGCGACGAUUGCUGUAUUUUUACAAACCCAGCAGUAAACUGUACGCCAAUCUGGAAUUGGAUCACAGUAAAGCCAAACAGCUGACAGUGGUGGGAUGCCAGUUUAUUGAGUUCCUACUAGAAUCUGAUGAGGACUGCCAAGCGUACCUGGAAGAUUUAGUGAAGGAUAUUGUCCAGUGGCUCACCUCCUUAUCAGGGAUGAAGCCUGAUCGCAGCCUCCAGAACAAUGGGCUGCUCAACACCCUUAGCCAGCACUACUUCCUCUUCUUAGGAACUCUUUCCUCUCACCCUCAUGGAGUUAAAAUGCUGGAAAAAUGUAGUGUCUUUCAGUGUCUGCUUAAUUUUUGCUCUCUGAAGAACCAGGACCACUUGUUAAAACUGACAGUUUCUACAUUGGACUAUAGUCGAGAUGGACUAUCCAGAGUCAUCCUUUCUAAAAUCUUAACAGCAGCUGCAGAUAACUGCAGGCUGUAUGCCACAAAGCACCUAAGGGUACUACUGCGUGCUAAUGUGGAAUUCUUCAGCAACUGGGGCAUGGAACUACUGGUGACACAGUUGCACGAUAAAAACAAAACCAUCUCCAUGGAGUCACUUGAUAUCCUGGAUGAGGCUUGUGAGGACAAGGCCAAUCUUCAUGCACUAAUUCAAAUGAAGCCAGCCCUGUCUCAUCUGGGAGACAAGGGAGUACUUCUGCUUUUACGAUUUCUUUCCAUUCCAAAGGGCUUUUCCUACUUGAAUGAAAGGGGAUAUGUCGCCAAACAGCUGGAGAAAUGGCAAAAGGAGUACAAUUUGAAAUAUGUUGACCUAAUUGAAGAGCAACUUAAUGAAGCGCUCACUACAUACCGGAAGCCUGUUGAUGGAGACAACUAUGUCCGCAGGAGCAACCAAAGGUUACAGAGGCCAAAUGUCUACCUUCCAAUACACUUAUAUGGUCAAUUGGUCCAUGACAAAACAGGGUGUUGUCUCUUAGAGGCUCAGAGUGUUGUCCCAGAUCUGAGUUACACUGUUCGCGCUCCAAUGUUGGACAAGUGGGAAGGUGUAAAACAGCUAAAAGCAGCUCUGUGGGCCUUGGGCAACAUUGGCUCAUCAAACUGGGGUCUGAAUUUGCUUCAGGAGGAGAAUGUUAUCCCAGACAUUAUUGCCCUGGCUCAGCAUUGUGAGGUUCUCUCGAUAAGAGGAACCUGUCUGUAUGUCCUUGGUCUGAUCUCUAAAACUAAACAAGGCUGUGACAUCUUGAAGCAGCACAGCUGGGAUGCAGUCCGGCACAGCCGCAGGCAUCCAUGGCCGGUGGUUCCAGAUGACAUGGAGCAACUCUGCAGUGAGCUUUUGUCCGUACCAAGUACACUUAGUCUAAAUUCAGAGUCCGCCAGCUCCCGACACAACAGCGAGAACGAAUCCACACAGCCAAGUAUGUAUAUUUUGGAUGAUGACAAGUGUGACGGUGUGGAUCUCACAGAGGAUCAGCCAAUUUACAUGAGACCCAAAUCUCUGAAGGACCGCAGCCCUUUUACCAUCCUCGCCUCCACACGUUUUGUCAGAAACCGAUUCCUCAACUCUCUUACACUGCCCAGCAAGAAGCUGCGCAGCAGUAGUGACCCCAAGGGAGGGAAGGUGCCGGUGGAACCAAAGCCUGGUCUGAGACGUAAUCGUACCGUUACAGAGCCUUCCAGUUUCACACAAGGGGACUUCUUCUUUACUCCAGUUUUUAACGGGAGCCGCAGCCCAAGUAGUCCCACAGUGAGCUUAAAAACCUCUUUUGUUGGAAGCAAAGCCUCCGAGGACAGGGGUAGCACCCCAAGCAUCGGAGAGCCUGACCUUAAGCUUCCAAAGGGUCUGGGGAAUGAGAACCACAGAGAACACACCAGCAGGGAGAGGCUAGUGGGGGAUGGCUCCACCAGCAGUCAGUUCAAAAGCCGCAGCCAAAGCUUUAACACGGACACCACCACCAGUGGCAUUAGUUCAAUGAGCUCUAGCCCUUCACGUGAGACAGUGGGUGGGGUGGAUACAUCCACCAUUGACACUGACUGUGUGAGCCUAAACACAGUGGUGAGUACCAAAACUAUAAAGACCCUCCACACUCUUACUCCCCAGUCUAACCACCUGCCUCUGUCAAAGUCAAACUCUGUGUCCCUGGUGCCCCCAGGGUCCUCACACACUCUGCCCAGAAGGGCCCAGUCCUUGAAGGCUCCAUCGGUCACUACAAUAAAGAACUUAGCUGACUACAAUUUCAUGUACACAAGGGAUGCCUUUGGCUAUGCCACACUGAAGCGUCUGCAGCAACAACGAAUGCAUGCCUCUCUCUCCCAUUCAGAGGCCCUGGCAUCUCCAGCAAAGGAUGUUCUUUUUACAGACACCAUCACCAUGAAAACUGGGAGUUUGGACUCUAGGCUGACACCUCGCAGGUUUAUGAAAGCCCUAAGCUUUGCAUCACUGGAUAAAGAAGACUUACUAAGUCCGAUCAAUCAAAAUACACUGCAGCGCUCCUCCUCUGUGCGUUCAAUGGUCUCGAAUGCCACUUAUGGUUGCUCUGAUGAUUACAUUGGCUUAGCACUUCCUAUGAAUAUCAAUGAAAUGUUUCAGGUAAAAGAAACUCCAUACUUUCAACAGAAGACAAGCCCACCUGCUGAAGAGCGCUCGGCAAAUUUCUUCUUUGGUGAUUCAGAUGCCUCUGGGGAUUCUAUGCGAAACCCUGUACUGGUACUGAGGCAGCAGAUCAGCAUUACAGAGCUUAUGAACAGUCGCUCUGACCCAACACAUCUGUUGGAUAACACAGAGGACACAGGACUGCAGGAGCACACAGAUGAAAACUGCCUUUACUGUGUUGGCGUCCAGGUACUGGGCUGUCAGACCAAUAACCAGAUCAACUCUACUUUAAUCCGUACAGAUUUCCGUGACAUUCCAUAUUCAGACUGGUGUGGGCAGACCAUUCACAAUCACCUGGAGGUGACGCCACAGUCCACAUUGUCUGGAGUUUCAGGAUGUAGUGAUGCAGUAUCCCAGGGCUCAGCAAGCAGCACACAGAGUAUAGAGCUUGUACUUGGUAAAGGAGGAAAGUCCGUCCCUGAGGACGCCCCUGCAAGCCGUGUGCUGCUGCGCAAAGAAGUCUUACGUUUGGUUGUUAAUCUGAGCAGCUCGGUGGGAACCAAGGGACAUGAAACUGGUCUCCUCACAAUUAAGGAAAAGUUUCCUUAUGCAUUUGAUGACAUUUGCCUGUAUUCUGAAGUUUCACACCUGCUUGCACACUGCAUGUUUCGUCUGCUAUCUCGACGGUUUAUUCAAGAGCUCUUUCAGGAUGUCCAGUUCACUCCGAUGUAUGAGGAGGCUGAGUCCAUCUUAACCACACCACCAAAGCAAGUAGCAGUAGAUGCCCCAAUCUGAGUUCUGAUCCAUCCUUCUGUCUUCUCACGCAUUUUACUCACAAAACCUGUGUCAACUAGCGAAUAGCCACACCUGCAGACAAAGGACUGUCUCAUUCCUGUCUGAUACCCUUUGGCAGAGAACUGGUCAACUAAAGACAAUGUCUUGAACAAAAUAGGGAUUUAACUCCUGUUAACCCAUAGAGUGGCUUUUUGUUUGUCACCACAGUUACCAAAUGCUGAAGCAGAUUAUCACGUAUGAACUGAGCACUGAACAUAUACAAUUAAUCCUUACCUAAAUAUGUUAAUUAAUAGGGAUUUUGAAAAAAAAAAAAAAAAAUUCAGUAUAAAAUGGCUAAAACAUAUUUUAAUGAUAUUUCUUUUUGUGAUCUGUAACACUACUGUGUGUUUUUUAGCUAUCUCGUAAGGAAAAGGCAGAAAUAUCCAAGGCCUGGGUAAUUAUUUACAAACUAUAUAACAGUUGUAAAAUUAAUAUUGACUAUUUUGAGUAAAACAUUUCCAGGUUUUCCAAAGUUUUUGAUCAAGGAAGAAUAAGCCAGAGCAUAUGUGUUUUCACUACAUUUUUUUUCUUACCACUUUUUUUUUGGUUUUUCAAAGCUGCAAUACAAUUUAAUGAAUUGUUGUAAAUGGUGUAAUUGUAAUUUAAGUAUUUUAUAAAGUGCAACACAGUUGAUUAUGGCAUACAUGAGUCCAGACAGGUGACCAGAAACAUCAAGGACUGCUUAUGUUUCUCAAAAUGAAUCUAGAUUCAGUGCAUUUAUUACUGUUGUCUGGAAACUAAAGGGACUGCAGUAGAAAGCAAAAUGUACCAAAUUUUGAAGCAACAGUAUUUUGUACACAGCAGUGUACUUUAGUUCCUGACCUGAUUUGCAGUAUAUGCAAUGCAUAACUUUGCUUUGUAACUGAACAGAUUUGUCUUUGCCACUGCAGACGAAUUGUAUUUAAAGAGAAUUGUAUUCAACAAGUGCCAUAUUGCAACACAUAGUGUUCUGUGGGUACAGGAAGAUUCAAAACAUAAUCUUGUCAAGAAAUCUCCAUUCAACACCAAAAAACAAACAUCCCGUUUUAGGAGCAAGCAGUCCCUGCAAUGUCAGUAAUUGUAUACAUAUAUGUGUACUGUAAUCAUGUCUAGUACCUUCACAGUUGCAAAUGUUAUCAAACGCAUAACAAAAACAUUUCAUGUUGUCAGGACAACACCCCCCCCCCCCCAAACAUAACCAUCAAAUGUUUGAGGUAAGGACAAAUGCUUAAACCUGUAAACCAUUUCAAUAUCUUAGCAUGUUACCAGCUGCAAUAUUGCCUUGUUUAUUUAUUUAUUUAUAGAACAGGCAAAUACAUUCAUUAUUCUGUUGCAAUGUCAGGGGCUUAAUAUAUUUUUAAACAUUUGUCAUAAAAAGUCAUGUUUAAAAACUGCUAUGCAACAUAACCCCUUACUGCAAUGGUAGAGAAAAUAUAUUGCUUUAUAAAUGGUUAUUUUUACAGGAAUCCUUUUUGGCUGGACCACGUACUUAAUAUUAUUCUGCAGUACCAAGGGAGCUUUAAAUCUUUUGCAUUUGUGUCAAUAACUGGUUUAUUAUUUUAGAGAACAGAAUUCAUAAUCUAAUUUAUUUGAUGAAUUGCAGAUUCAUUUACAGGUACUUUCUGCAAUUUAGUGUCUAAAAUCUAUUUUUGUCAUCAUGCACUGCCUACAGAGACCUCUGUCAAUCAUAGCAUGCUGGGCUACUUCUUGUUACCACCAGAAACAUUCACAAAAUGAUUAGUUCUUAAAUGGUAAUUGUACAGAUUCUUAUAUCUUUUUGUCAUCUUUUUUUUAAUUUGGGGAAAAAAAACUUUUUUUCUAAGCAGUAUACAGUAUAGCUGUGUUCAUUUUAGUAUGGUUGCAGUUGUAAAAUGUAUGAGGAAUUAAAUAUGAACAAAUCUAUUUUUGACUGCAGAAAGUUUGAUAGAGCAAUGUGAAAACCAUUUUUUUCCCCCAAAAUGUUGUUUAUAAUGUGAAAUGUUGGUUGAGAGAUGGCUAGCCAGUUAACUGGUUUUGAGUUGAUACUUCACUAAUGCUUCCAUAUCUUCCUGUGUACUAUGUCCUGAUGGUCUAAGCUUAAUGUUUGCUUCUAGUGAAGGGUAACCUUUUAAUUUAACUUAUUCCUCUCAAGGCUUUCAGAAAAGCAAUCCAAGGUACAAUGAAGUUUAAAUGGGAAUGAGUGAGAAUUCCAUAAGCAACGAUGGUAAAACCUGUUUUUUUUUUUUUUUUUUGUUUUGUUUUUUUGUUUUUUUUUAAUCGUUGCGUGGGUGAACGCAUUCAAUGUCAGGGACCUUUUUUGUGGAAUAUUCAGAGGUCCAGGUAUUAAGGGUAAAACUGAAAUAGUGGCAGAUUCAUUCAGUCACUCACACAAUUUAAUUUCACUGCAACAGUACUGUCCCUUCACUCAAAUUAUGUCUAUUUUAUUCAAGUUGUUUUGCAAGUUUUUUGUCAAAUGUAUUCUUUUCAUUUACAUCUUCUCAAAACUUUUGUAUUCCAGAAUAUCACUGCAUGCGCAAAUUGCAUGACUCGGCUAAUUUACUUUUUAAAUUACACUAUUUAACUUAAAUAGCAUAAACAAGUUAUGCCAAAAAAGAUUAGAUAAUUUGAUAUUGUAAAUAAAAUAAUAAAAGAUUUUCAUGACAAUUGUAUUGAAAUAAAAAUGUUUUGAAUUUAUUUUUAUUUUUAUUUUCUUUCCCCCCCACUGUCCGUAUGUAGAAUUAUGGGAUAAUUUAAAUGUUGAAAACUUGGCUAGAUUAAGGCUUGAUAGCCAAAAUAGCCAUUUUUUUUUUUUUUUUUUUUUUUUUUUUUUUUUUUUAAAGACAUAAGCUGCUACAUAUUUGGAUGUUCUAGUGUUUGUAGGUCACUGAAAGGACGUUGAAACCUGAUUUAUAUUGUAUACCUGUAUCAUAUAAAAGAAGAAAGAAAAAAAUAUUUAUAUUUUUUCCUUAAAUAAUUAUUUCAUGAAGCUGUGUAUAAUUUAAAGAGGCUUUUCCAAGUAUGGUUAUGCCCAAAUUGUUGUUCCUUUGUAUAGUGUGUACAGUAAAUGUCUUUGGGCAUUACAAGCCUCAUGAAGCUUACAAUCUUAUCGAAGGGAUACAUUGUAAAUAAAAUAUACAUAAACAGUUUUUUGGUUACGUU